AUGGGUGGCCUACGCGCGAAACUGCGCGGCGUCCUCAAGAAAACAACCCAUCCAACCCCUCCUACCACAACCAACUCCCCCUCCUCAACCGAACCCCUCCGUCCCGCGCACCUCGAUGGCUUCUACACAUCCCCCAAAAUCCACCGUCCAGAGCACAUGAACGGUCUCUUCGGCACCACCAAGAACAAGACCAACCCCUACCCCAACAACCCCAAGAACUCCACCAACAGCACCGGCAAUGCCAUCCGCAACACCCCACUAGCCCACGACUCCCUAAUCGCCGCACACAUCUUAAUGUAUCAUCAUCCGCGCGAAGUAGCAGCCGCCGCCGACGACGACGACGACGACGUGGAGAACGAAGAAGAAGAAGAAGAAGAAGUGAUUAUUAAACCUCACUACAACAACACGCGUCGUCUCUGCGAUUCCAAUCGUAAUGUUUUGCGCGCGCUGCGUCAUGAUGAGGAGGGGGGGUUUCCGGGUAGUUCGUGGAUGGGGGAGAAUCGUGUGGGGAUUAUUAAGGCGUUUGAAGAGGAACAAAUCGCGCUACUAAAAGAAAAGGAUUCCCAGGAUGAAUAUCUCGCCUGUCUGGAAUUGUGCGGCGGCGGCGGUGGUGGUGGUGGUGGUGGUGGUGGUGGUGGUGGUGGGGGAAAUGGAAAGGGAGACAUCAAACCUGCGGAUCAGGCGCAUUUGGAUGAGUUGUUGGGUAUUAUGAAGAAGGCGGAGGCGGAGACUUUGAAGUGUAUGGUGCGGAUCAAGGAGUUGACUGGUGGUUUGCUCUUGCUCUCUCCUCCCGGGGACUUUGAUGUCUAG